AUGUCCGAUCUCCUGAAGGACCCCGUCUUCUUCAGUCUGACUCCAGACAACUAUCGUCGAGCAGCUGUAAUGGAUCCUGAGUCGCCGGUCUCCCCGCUGUCUGUUGAGGCUCCUCCGCUUUCCAACUUCAACACCCUUGACGGCCAGGAGCCUACUGCGACCAAGACCUUCUCGGACCUAUCUCCUAGCUUCAAGAAAUGCAUUCUUGCCUACGUAAGAGAUUCACAGUCGUCCCUCGCCAGCGAAUCGCCCAGUCCCCCUGGAUACUGGCCGAGUCACUAUGCUCUUUGUGACGGCAAAGAUUCACAAGAUCCUUCGCUCAUCCAAGAAGAAGACAACUUUCCACCAUCUCCUUCUUCAGACAGAGUCUUCACCAACUCGGUCAUUAGACAAGUCCUUGGAACUCGAACGAUCCAUCAAAUAGGAAAAUGUGAGUAUCUUGUUCAUUGGGCAGGAUAUCCGAGAGGUCAACUCUCGUGGGUUUCACGCGACAUCAUUCAACCUAUCGCCGAGCACCAGAUCAUGUUCUUUGAGUAUGAGCGUCGCUUGCUAUGCUACAAGGGGUCACGCGGUGAAAUUUUCACUCGAAAGGACGCGCCUCAGUUUGAGGAGGCUGAUGAGGAGGGUUGUGUCGGAUGUGCGCGAUGCGGCCGUGGGUGCAACUGA